AUGAAAGGUGUAAGUGAGUGUGGGUCUUUGGUGCAAAUAGGAAAUGCAAAAUUCAAGUUCAAGAUCUGCCGAGGAGGUCGGCGGAAGCAUAGACAUAUUGACGAUUCCAACGAAAUAGUUAACAUUUAUCUGGCUUUCGACCCCUCCAUAUCGCCAUACUAUAAAGUCAUUUCAGUUGCGCAACAGUUAUUAGGUGGCAGUUGGGUCUUCCAUGAAUAUUCCUUCCAAACUCGCUCGUGGAUUAGCGCAGGGGCAGGGGUUUCUUCCCCUACCCAAUUAUCAUUGAAAGGUGCUAGGGCUAAGUGUGUUUAUUGCAACCGUGCAAUUCACUGGUGCAGGAAAAGUGAGUUCUCAAUGUAUUUCAAUGUUGAUACUCUACGCCUCAUAAAACAUUGGCGAAUGCCGCUGUCGGAUUCAGAGUGGGUGAACCGAGAUAUCAGUUACUUUGGAGAGUCUGGAGGGCGUUUGCAUUUGGCGGUUACAUAUGCUAAGCAAACUUUAAUAUAUGACAUUUUUGAGCUGAAGGAAGAUUAUUCUGGGUGGUCAUUGAAGCACCGUGUUGAUCUUAAUCCGCUGCGACACAUGUAUGAGGGCUUGUCUAAUUGCGUCCUUACCAUUGUUGGCCCUGUAAAUAAAGAGAAAUCACUGUUGGUUUUGCUUGCAAGUGCAACUGAAGGAACACUAGUAGUGUAUGAUCCUGUAACUUCAAGAAAUUAAAGUUAUGUGAGAUUGAGAUGGGUAGGACAGUUGGUCAUCAUGUACAAGAUAGUAUUAUUUUUGGUUGGGUUUUUCAGUAUUUUCAAAACAGUGCUUUUGUUGAAGCUUGUAUUGAUAAAGCAGAC